AGAUUGAAGUUUUCUAAAUAUUUGAAAAAUAUUAACCUAGAGAAAUAUGAUGUUUAAAAGUUUAAUAUUAGUUGCUGCAUUAGUUCCACUGUGCUCUGCAGGGUUCAGAUGUACUUUUGGGAACUGGGCCUGUACAACUGGGUGUGUUUUUCUAGGACAGACAUCAGGUGUGUGUGAUGCUAACUGGGAUUGUCAUUGCUCUGAGAAAAGUAUCAGUUUAAACAGCUUCAAGAGACUUCUUCCCUCCAGAUGUCUUCUUGGAGAUUCUUUCUGCGAAGGAACUUGUCACGCCAUGGGUCGUAGCAAUGGAACCUGUAAGGAUAACAACUGUUCCUGCUCUAAUACCUAUCUCACUCCCAGUGAGUUCCUUCUCUGUGCAGCGGAGUCCACUUGCAGAACUCAUUGUCAGGCUAAUGGAAGCGCUACCGGAGUUUGCCUUGGUUGGUCCUGCGAGUGCAAAUCUUCAGAAGCUGAAGCAGGUUCUGCAUUGGAGGUUCUUAUGCAGAGGAUGAACUAGACUACAAAUGCUGAAUUUAAAAAUGAAAAAAACUUGUUUAUUCAUUUAAUUUAAAAUUUUAAUAAAUAAUAUGCAAUUUGAUUUAAA